AUGUCGAAUUUCUUCUUUAAAGUAUUUUCUGUUAAAUCGUUCAGACCCCUAUCAAAGCAAUGGCAAAGAAAAAAGUGCCAAGAAGUCAUCGUUGUAGGUUCUAGAAAAAUAAGUUCACAUGUGUUAUCAACAAACUUCAGUUCAAAUACAAAGAUACUCAGUAAAACUUUCAAACACUUUAAAUCAAUUCAAAUAACUUCUCAAUUAAAGUACUGUGAUGAGAAAAAAAAUAAAAUUAUAACCUUUAGUGAUUUUGAGAAGUGGAGCGUCAAAAAUAAAGAAUCAUUUUUGGAAACAAUUCGAAUUUAUGAAGCUACUUUUCCUAACAGAAAGGGGCAUGUUGAGUUUGUUGAAUCAGCUUUAAAACAAAUGGAAACUUAUGGAGUUCAUAAAGACAUAGAAGCCUAUAAAAGAAUUAUAGAUAUAUUGCCCAAAGGUGUUUUUGUUGUUAAAAAUAAAUGGCAGGCAACUUUUUAUAAUUAUCCUAGACAGCAGUUUGCUGCUAUUGAAAUGCUUUCAAAAAUGGAACACUAUGGUGUCUUGCCUGAUGCUGAACUUGGGUCUAUAUUAAUCAGUAUUUUUGGUAAAUUUUCACAACCUUGUCUGAAAUAUUUUGAACAAUUAUAUUGGUGUAUGAAAUUUAGAAAUAAGUCUCCCUGGUAUUUACCAAAGCAAGUUCCAUCUGAUGCAUUUUUACUCGCACAAAUGGCAAUGGAAAGAAUUACAUCUGUUGACGUCAAAACUGAGAUUUCAGUAUAUCAGACAGAUGAUUUGUUGGAAUCAAUUGAUAAAACUUGGAUAAUAAGUGGACAGAGCCCAGUUCAAAAAAAACUCUUGAACAAGCACCCUUCAAGUACGCCUCUCAGGGUUGAGGGAGGUGACUUUGUUUGGCUUAGAGACCAAUUUGUUAAUUAUUUUGUGUUAAAAGCAGACAGAGAUGAAACAUGCAAUUGGGUGCCACCCAAAGAAAAUGAAGAUUUACUAACUAUGGAAUCUCAAUAUUUUAACCCCAAUUAUUCAAAUCCAGAAGAGCCUACUAAAACAGUUCACCAUCAAAACGAUGGAAUAGUUUUGGCUAUUGCAAUAACUGGUACUUCUAGCAAAGAUAGUUUAUUGUCAUGGAUUCGUUUUCUAGAAAAAAAUGGAAAUUCUGGACUGAAAAAUAUACCAAUAUUAUUUAAAUUAAAAACUCCUGAAAGAGUUCCUGUAACUCAAUGA